AGAAAAAAGUCAAGCAUCGAGUUGACUGGUAGCUAGUCAACACCCACACCACCGGGAUACGUGGAUAGAUCCCGCUCCAAUUGUUUCGCUACUAAAAGGGUGCGAGCAUCUAAAAUGACGAAAGGAGAGAUCUUUGCAAUGGGCGCGGAGUUUGUUCCAGUCCAAGAGCUCAGCAAAUCAUUGAAAGCGGUCCCCAAGAACUACAUAGCUCCCGAGGACAAGGUCCCAGUGGUGACCCACGAGCCUGGGAAGUCGGUACCCGUGGUUGAUCUCUGUGACUUCAAUCUCAGCCCCGAGCAGCAUGAGAGAGUGGUGCGCGAGAUCGCAAGUGCCAGCAGCGAGUGGGGAUUCUUCCAGGUCAUCAACCACGGCAUUGAUGUCACCAAGCCGCAGAAGGUGUCGAGGGAGUUCUUCGAGCUGCCCAAGGAGGAGAAACUCAAGUAUGCCGCCAAGGAGUAUGGCUUCAAGAGCGAUGGCUAUGGAAGUAAGAUCUCCAAUGCUGCCGACGCUGUCCAGCUAUGGAGGGACUACUUUUUCCUGUGCACGUCUCCAAAGAGGAACUUGGAUAGCUGGCCCGCGCAGCCACUGCAAUACAAAGAAGUGAUGUCCGGUCUCUCUGAUGACUUCCUGAUGCUCACGAGGAAAAUCCUGGGAUUCCUGUCCGAAGGCGUUGGUCUCCCUACAGACUACUUCGAGAAACGCUUUGGAGUUCCCAACCAAUCUAUCCUGACGAACUACUAUCCCGGUUGUCCAGAGCCUGACAAGGUGCUCGGCAUCGAGCCCCAUUCCGACUUUGGAGGACUCACAUUGCUGCUUCAAGAUGGCAUUCCCGGCCUCCAAGUUCUCCAGAACAACACCUGGGUGGUCGUCGAGCCCAUCCCGGGAGCAAUCACCAUCAACAUCAGUGAUCUCCUCGAGCUGAUGAGCAACGGGAGGUACCAGAGCGUCAUCCAUCGCGUGAAAGUGAACGCAUCACGUCCCAGGAUGUCCAUCGCUUCCAACUACAGCUGCUUGUUCGAUUCGACAGUCGCCCCUGCUCCGGAACUCAUCGACGAGGACCACCCCCAGCUCUACAAGCCUGUCAAAUUCGGAGACUACGUUCAAGAGGUGGUGAAGAAGGGUCCAACUGGAAAGGCUUACAUGUUUAUCAACCACGACUCCAAGCCAGAGUACAUGCUCCUCCCAAAGCAUUGACAGAAGCAAGGUCUUGUACUGUGAUCCUGGAAGUAGCAAUCAGAACAAGUAAAUAAAACAGUGAAGUGAACGACAAAGUUUUACCAGGUA